AUGGUUAGGCUAUCAACCCGUUUGUGGGAGACCUCCUUAAUUCUCCUAGCAACACUGUCCUUCCCUGAGAAGCCGCUGAUGGAGGACUUUGACUCCAUCGGGGCUUGGUUUGAUGGCGUCGCAGCAGUCAACUGCACGUCAGCCGCCAAGAACUCAAACGUUUCUGUCGCCAUUGUGGGCGGGGGUAUCUCUGGUCUCACCACUGCCUUGAUGCUGGACAGCAUCGGUUUCCAUAACUGGGAGAUCAUCGAGGCCAGUGAGAGAAUCGGCGGACGGUUCAGAACCAAGUUCGUCGGCGGAACUCAGGAGUUCGCAGAGAUGGGACCCAUGAGACUUCCUCAUACUGUCACUUACAAAAGCGACAAUUCGACAGAAGAGUACACCGAACACGGCCUGACUUAUCAGUUGGCUCACACACUCAACAACAUGAAUGGAAACGACUCGAAGUGGAAGGUCGACUUCAUCCCGUGGAUUCAGCAUCACCCAAACGAACUGAUUGCCUGGGGUACGGGGAGGCAUCCAGAUAGCAGUGUCCCAACCCGAGCAGACAUCUCCGCCGAUCCUAGUCUUAGAAAGCCUCCAUCGUUGACCUCUGCCGAGUACAACGAGACCAAAGCCCGCAUGAACAAGAUUCUAAAGAACGAAACCAUGCUUCGGGAGAUUCAGCGAGAUGUCUGGCGCUCGCACAAGCGUGUCAUGGACAUGGGCCUCGAUGACUGGAGUCAACAGUGCAUGAUGAGGGAGGUCUUUCAUGCAACUGAGAAUGUGACCGAUGCCAUCUGGACUGCUUCCGACUAUGACGUCUUCUGGGAUGAAAUGGUUCAUAACUCGAAUCUUGGACUUGAUGGAACCCGAGACUCGCUGGGAGAAACCGAGUGGAAGUGUGUGGAUGGUGGCUUCAACAGACUGUCGGAUGCCUUUUUACCCCAUGUUUCUGCCAGACUGGUCCUAAACCGGAAGAUCAGAAAAGUCGAAACUGUGGAAGACACGGACGGCCGCACUCGCACUCGACUAUCGUGGUACCCCAGUGUCAGCAACCGGACCUUUGAGUCCAAGGACUACGACUACACCAUCAUGGCUGUUCCUUUCACCAUGACGCGGUUCAUGGAACUACCAAGCUUCUCCUCGGUCCUCGGCCGUGCCAUCAGCGAAGCAGGCCUCAGGUUCAAGUCUGCCUGCAAGGUGUCCCUGCUCUUCUCGGAACGCUUCUGGGAAAAGGGUGAGAAGCCGAUAUUUGGUGGCUACUCGAUGCCAACCAGCAGACCAAUCGGGGCUCUCUACUACCCAGUAUACGGAUUGAACGAGUCGCGACCGGGCCUCAUUACACACUAUCGUGGAGGCGACUGGAGUGAUCGCUAUGUCAGCUUUUCUGAUGAAGAGCAUGCGCAGCUGGUGUUGGAUUCCAUCGUGAGCCUACAUGGAGAGCAAGCUAGAGAGCUCUACACAGGAGACUACGAGCGUCUCUGCUGGCUACAGGAUGAACACACCGCCACGUCUUGGUGUCGGCCAGAUGUUGAACAGCACAAGCUAUACAUCCCAGCUUAUCAUCGCACCGAGCACAACACCAUCUUCAUCGGCGAACACACGGCACCGACGCAAGCCUGGAUCAGCUCGGCCAUUCACUCAUCCGCUAGAGGAACUAUCCAGCUUCUUUUAGAGCUUGGUAUGAUUGAUGAGGCAAAGAAGGUGAACGCGGAAUGGAUGGGGAGGUGGAUCGAGCAUCAGUAA